AAAUUUACUCAGAAGACCGACUUCUUCAAAGAACGCCUUGACAAAACCACACUGAAGUACGAAAACAAUGAAGGACGAGUCCGAGGAAAAAUCGACAACAGACAAAAGUCAACGACUUCGGGAGACUUUUGAAGAAGACUAUGGAUAUCCGCUGUAUCCUGAACGAAAAAAUCCCGAACUUUUCAAAGAGUAUUCCGCGCUAAACAGAAGAUCAGCAUCUGUAGUAGAGAAAAAGACUGUUAAAUGUUUUACUCAUUGUCCUGAGUUGAGGAUAUUACGAGAAGCAUUACGAGAACAUGGUUGUGAAUUUAACCUCAGGAGAAACAUAUCUGUGGAAAAAUGUGAUAAAAAAGUCAGUGGUGGAUAUGACCCCAAUACAAACCAGAUUGUGUUAUGUCACAGUGGGAUCUCCCCCUCUGUCACAUGUAAACUCUUGUUCCAUGAGAUGACGCACAUGUUUGAUGAUUGCCGAGCUAAAGUGGAUUUCACUAACAUUGAGCACCUAGCAUGUACUGAGAUCCGUGCAGCAGCCUUUGCUGAUUGUGGAAUCAUCAGCAGUCUACUGAAUACUACUGGAUUUCAAAUCAGAAACAAGCACAAGGAAUGUGUAAAGAAGCAUGCUUUACGAUCGAUUCUGACAACUCGCAACAUCACAGAAGAAAGAGGAAAACAAGUGAUAGACAGUGUAUUCGACAAGUGUUAUAACGAUGUGGCACCAUUUGAUUCUCAUAAACUCUCAGAAGGAGAUUACUAUGACAAAUAUAUGAAAAUGAAAAAGAAAGAUGAAACCAAACUUCCUAAAUUUAGAUUUCUAUAAUAAAUUAUUUAAAUU